UGGCGCGUGUGAAAUCGGGUGAGAGAAGCGUGGGAGUUUUCGGCGGCGGUCAGACGCGGGAUACGCGCGACACGGGACCGCGUCGCAGCGAGUGACGUCAAAUAGAGCACCAUGCAUAUCGGCGCCGAUAUGGCUGGUGGUGCCACAAGUGCGCGUUCGUGGCGCUCAGCGACCUCUCACAUAGCUUCGCUGACCGACCGGAUCCGUCUCCGAACCCUAUAAAACCCUACGUAAUCGUCAGUGUGUCAAAAGUAUUGUUGCCUGCGACUGCCAGGCCAUCUAUACCCAUAGAAGAGAUUGCCUCUAAACGGGGCCUUAGAGAAUGACGACCAUACCUCAGUUCACGGUGAAGGAUUACUCGUCUUUCUUUCUUGCAGGAGCACUAUGUUGCACUGUCACACAUGGCGGCAUGACGCCGAUAGAUGUCAUUAAGACGCGUAUUCAGAUAGACCCUGCCCUCCAAGGCUGUUCGCUUCUCUCAGGUGGACGCUUGAUCGUCAAGAAUGAGGGUGCUGCCGCACUUCUUACAGGUUUCGGACCAACUGCCGUUGGGUACCUUGUUCAGGGAGGGGCGAAGUUCUCCGGAUACGAGUACUGGAAGAAGCAGUUUGUGCAGAUCGCCGGCAGCCAGGAGGCUGCGGUCCGGCAUCGCACAGCGAUAUACCUCGGCGCAUCCAGCGUGGCAGAAUUUUUUGCAGACAUUAUGUUGACUCCGCUGGAGGCGACGCGCAUACGGCUCGUCUCCGAGCGUCAUUAUGCAUCUGGUUUGACUACGGGCUUCAUGCGCCUUGCGCGGGAAGAGGGGUUCCAGGGGCUAUAUGCGGGCUUCCUUCCUAUCCUCUGCAAACAGAUCCCGUAUGCGAUUGGCCAGUUCACGGUGAACGAGUACUGCCACGAACUGGUAUUCCGUAGUAUAUCCGACGAGACGCGGAGAAACUUGAGCGGAGGCAACAAAUUUGCCAUCUCGCUCGGAAGUGGAAUCAUCGCUGGUUUCGCCGCCGCCAUCCUCAGCCAGCCUGCGGACACCCUUCUCUCGCGGAUCAACAAGGGGCACGGUCCCUCGGGGUCGAUGGCGUAUCGCUUGACUGUGCUCGCGCGGGAGGCUGGCUUCCGCGGUCUGUUCGCAGGACUUGGUCCCAGGAUGAUCAUGACUGCGGGUCUCGUGUCUGGCCAGUUCUUGCUGUAUGGUGGCAUUAAGGAUAUGCUGGGUGCACCACCUGGCCUGGAGAUCCAUAAAGAGGCCAGUGCUAAGAUUUCACGGUAGACGCCGUUGAUGCCCGUUGCACAAAAGAUGCGUGAGUAAGCCUAUGGACAUGCGAGUGGAAAGACCUAGAAAUUCACAGUGUUGUAUGACGUCUGUAGUUGGCCACACUGAUUUUGUCACACGGUAUACCUCUUAGAGUACUGUGGCAUAUAAUCCUUAUCUUGCUAUACUGUAUAAUACUGCGUACGCAUUGAGGUAACUAGUCGAGAACAGCCGAGUCUGUAUUCACGAAAAAGCAGGAUCAGAAUGGAGAGCAUCAGAGGCGU